GUGUUGCAACUGUCAACUUAACUUAGUGGGUAUCAUCUACCAUUUACCUUACAAAAAACAAGUGGAGAAAAAAAGAAGAAGAAGAAAGUGUUCAAAACUUCAAAUAUAAUAAUCACGACUAUCUAAAAAGAAGAGAAAGAAACAUUUAAACCUAAAGUCUUGAUUCCAAUACCAAUAGUUCAAUACCACCAAGCAAUGAGCAUUAAUUAAUGGUGGCAAAAACUAAAUCUUUCUUGAAAUUAACUUUUCUUGUUUCCUCCAAACUUGAAAUGGGUUCCUUCAAAUCCAUGGUAAAAUUCUGCCGAGGGCCCAACUGAGAAUCGGGAAAAAGGGCCCUACAUUACAUCUAAUCAAUCAGUCUUCUUUCGUGGUUCCAUAUCCACCUCUCCUUCCGGCCAUGGCCAUGGCGAUUUCUUCCGGCAUUCCUCAAACCCUUCCUUUUUCUUCGAUGCUUUCUAGAGACCAGUUGUUUCAUCUUUUUAAUCGCUUUUCUCAACUCACUUCUCUCUCUGAUGUGAAGAAACGGAUCGCCGAUGCUGUUCGGGAUGACAAUCAGGAAGCCGUUGCUGUGACAACAGCAAUUCAGGAGGAGAUUUUUUCGGAAAUGGGAGUUGAUGCAGGAUUUGGUAUAUCCUGUCUAGGGAAAGUGAGUUCAUAUUAUGAGAAUGAUCACGAGCUCAUGGUUCAUUUCUACAAGUUCGUCGCAAUGGAAGAGAUGGCUUGUGAUGAAGCAGAGCUUGAACCAGAUGAUUUUGCAGAAAAAAUGAAUAAUCAACAAAAACUACAUGAUAAGCAACUGGAGAUGCUGCAACAUAUGCGCAAGCUACACUCUUAUGAUCAAUCCGCCAUUCUCGAGAAGUUACACCAGCAGCUGGAGAGUGUGGAAUUUGACAGUUCAGCAUCAAUCCUGUCAUCAGAAGAGAUUCAGGAGAUUGUUCAAAGGACGAGUCCCACCUCUGUUUAGUCCAAAAGUCAAAAUUUGACCCAAAAAAUAAUGAUAUGCUACAUGAAACAUCUAUUAUACAAAAAUGUUAUGUGCAUUCGAGUGCACGACCGCACCUUACUGAAAAUAUCUUGGCUUCCUUGGCCAUUUCAAA